GAAAAAUAUAUUUUCCCGCCAAAACCGCAAAAAUAACUUUUCCCGCCAAAAUCGUGAAAAAAAACUUUUCCCGUCAAAAACACUUUUUGCGCCAAAACUUCAAAACACACUUUUUCCGUCCAAACCGCAAAAACGUAUUUUUCUGCCAAACCUAUAAAACAUAUUUUUCUGCCAAAACCAUAAAAAUGCACUUUUUCGCGAAAACACACAUAUUUCCUCAAAAACCGCAAAAAUAUUUUCGGCCAAAACCGUAAAAAUGCUAUUUUUCCGUUGAAACGUAAAAAGUUAUAUUUUAGUCAUUUUAUUAACAAGUCCACCUGGAUGCAGAUGGAAGUUAAAAAAAUGAAAAGCAAACGAACAUAGUUGCAUUCAGAUGAUUCAUCUGGAUGCAUGAACGAAAUGAUGAAACGAACAACACCCAGAUGGAGCAUCUGGAUGAUACAUCUAGAUGGACCAUCUGGAUGCAUUUUCCAGAUGUACAAACGAACAGGGCCUAGCUGUUCUACGUAUUGUAACAUCUAUAAAACAUCAUCAUCAUUCCCAUCAUCCAUACUCAAGCCAACGAAACCCCAAAACAAGAAAGAAUUCAAUUUUAUAAAAAUGUCUGCCCUUAAGCUAAGAAACGCGAACUUUCCGGCACCGGAGAUCGAUGACCUUUCCAAGCAGCUGUCGUCGGACAGACAACCCCUGGUACUCAAAAGACAGAGGUCAGUGUCUCAACGAGCCAUGUCAAACACGCUGACAUCAGCAGCAAAUCUCUCAAACCUCCUCCCAACGGGAACACUCCUCGCGUUUCAACUCCUAACUCCCGUUUUUACUUCAAACGGCGUUUGCGACCAUGCAACGCGUUUUCUUACCGCUGGUCUCCUCUUCCUCUUAGCCGCAUCUUGCUUCAUCAGCUCCUUCACCGAUAGCGUUAAAGCCGACAACGGAACAGUCUACUACGGUUUUGUCACGUUCAAUGGUAUGUGGGUCGUUGAUUAUGCUGACCCGUCCGGGUUGGGUUUACCCGAUUUGUCCAAAUACCGGAUGCGGUUUGUUGAUUGGAUCCAUGCUACGUUGUCGGUUUUGGUGUUUGGAGCGGUUGCGCUGAGAGAUAAGUAUGUAACGGAUUGCUUUUAUCCGUCGCCUGAGGAAGAGACUAAACAUGUUUUGGACAUUGUUCCGGUGGGGAUUGGGGUUAUAUGUAGCUUAUUGUUUACGGUGUUUCCGACGAGACGUCUCGGAAUUGGGUAUCUUGUUACUGGGAAUGGUGAUCGCAGGUAAACAUUAUAACGUUUUAAACACAUAAAGGCCGGUAGCAUUUUCUUGGUGGGUGGACUUUCUUUAUUUGUUUAAUUUGUUGAAUGUUUGUAAAUUUGUAUUCAUACGUUAUUCUUUGUUUGUUUCAUCUAGCUGUUGAACAAUUAUAUAAAGCAAGCGGGUCAUAUAUCUAAUAUCUUAUAAAUUUUGGAAGUUAUAUAUUAUAAGUAUGUCAGCUACGUCAUAUAAUCAAGUAUUUUUAUUAUAUUUAAGAUGUAUUUAAUACACUAUACUUAAAUAUUUGAUCAGAAACACGGGAAUGCAAGUACGUUUUGCAUGUUACUUCUAUAUCGUUGACUUUACUCUUUUGAGUAUAUAAGAUUAUCAAAAGUUUGUAGUUAGAUUGUUAUUUAUAUCAUGGUCUUUUAUUAUUUUAUGCACAACAAAAUGAUUAGGCCUUCAUUCGCUAAGAUCUGAAUUUGUUGAAAUUUUGUUUCUCACAUAUCUCAAAAGAGUCAUUCUUGGGUUCACUCCCUAGGGUGAACCUAUAGGUUCACCAACCAAUAAAAUUUCAUUAUUUCAAAUUCGAUAUCUUUUAAAAAAAGAAACAAAAUAUUCUCAAAUUAUAUUAUGUUUUUAAAAUAAAAAAAAGAUAAUAGUUACAGAAAAAAGAAUUAAAAAAUAUAUAUUUUAAUGUUCUCAACAAAACACUA